AUGGGGAGAACAUGCGAAAAUCCGCUGGACGAACUUAACCACGUUAUGGAAUUGAAACACAUACCUGCGGAUAUAUUCGAACGAGCAGCUACUUGUUCUCCUAUGCUCUCCAGCCUCGGGAAAGGAGGCAUAGCCAGCACCACAUGCAAGAGAUCGCGCUCCUCAAGAGCAGGUCUCCAGUUCUCGGUCGCGCGGGUAGAACGCAUGCUUCGAAAGGGCAACUAUGCUCGCAGAAUCAGUGGAGGAGCUCCCGUCUUCCUGGCUGCUGUUAUCGAAUACCUCGUCGCAGAGGAUCAAUCCUCGCCAUCUCCAACUCGCUGUUCGCAACGACGAGGAGCUGGACAGGCUGCUCUCAGGCGUCACCAUCGCCCAAGGAGGAGUCGUGCCCUACAUCCAUCCCGCUUUAUCUAA